UGAGGAUACUUCCGAAUCUAAAUUAGAUGAUAUUCCCGCGUCUAAUAUAUCUGAUAACUCUGAUGUACAAGAAGUGACGAAGUCUCAAAUCUCCGGGUCAUCUCCAACCCGAUACUCUGAAUCGUCUAUUCAUAUAAAGCCCAAAUCGCUGGAAGAUAAAUCGGUUGAUUAUUUUCUGAAUCUUAUACAUAAAGAACAGAUUAGCAACGAGAUUAUAGAAAGAAAACGGGAAAAAAAGCUAUUACGAAAUAAUGAAACAUCUAAUAACCAAGACUUAUCUUCGGAUAAUAAAUUGCCGGAGCAAUCCAAUUCAUCGUGUGUCGUAAAAACUGUUACAGUGGAAACAGAGGAUUCUAUUGUUGCUAAAAAUAAUGAACUUACACCUUCUGAGAGCGAAGCUCAUUGUUCCACAAUAAUAAAAAUUCCCUAUAAUCAGAAAGUAGAACGGGGUUUAAUAAGUGAAUUGCUUGAAUUUAUUGCCGAAGGCAGUCACGAGAUGGCUAGGAGCAACGACACCAUGGUCCCACAAAAUUCGCAUUCUAUAUCUGGAAAACAAAUUUUUGACUUAUUUAAGAAAAAUAUGGCAUAUGUGGGUGAUUUAACUAUAGAAACUAAAAUAUGUGAAGAAACUUUACCGGAAAUGGAGGUAAGUACAAUGAAAACCAAGGUGGAUACAUCACCCGAAUCAUGCCAAACUAUAUCACAG